AUGCCAAACAGACGGGCUAGAAAAGAAAGAGUUUGCUCGUGGUGUUCGCAAAGUUUCACCAAGGAUGAGCAUCUUGCAAGACAUGUCCGUAGCCACACGAAGGAAAAGCCCUUUUCGUGCUCAAGUUGUGGCAAGUCAUUCACACGCCACGACUCUCUUCUGAGACAUGCACGAUCCCACGUGGACGGCCAACGCCUUCCAACACCACUCUACCAGUCCACCCAGAAAGAUGUUCCUGAAACUGCAGAAAAUUCAGUUUCCACGCUUCUAAACUCACCAGCUAUGGAUACAGCUAUAAACAAAUCCUCUAACCGAUCUAGACUAAAUGCUGCACGGGCCGAAUCGUUGCCUCAUUCGUCUCCAUCAAUGUACAACUCGCAUACCGCGCAUCCAUUGCCUUGUGAUUAUUCGACACUAGGCCUUACUGGUAUGUCUGACUGGGUUGAAUCCACUCUUUCUCAUUCUAUAGAGGGAAGCAGUUCGGUUGAAAACGCUCCCGGGCUCGGGAGACUAGAGACAGCUCGCAUCGAUCCCUCCACCCCUUGGAUGAUAAGCCCUAGCCAACAGAUCCCGGGGUGGCUCGUUGGGGACGACUUUGACAUGAACGCUCUUAAUGCACAGAUUUUUCCAUCAAGUUUUUCCAUGGACUCUUUUGAGUGGUCAAAUGACGGGUUCUUGCCAGGGGCCCUGACACCUCAUGUGAAUGAUGUAGUCGUUCAAAGGCCUAAGGCUAGCGAUCUUGCCGAACCCAGAGAUGAAUACAUUAGGCGACACUGGUUUACGCAUUUAGGAACGGAUAAAAGCGGUUAUAUCACACCAGAUCCAAUGAAUGAGCCUACGGCAGUCGAUGAGAGGUACCGCGAGAAUUUGUCUCGUGAACUUCAACAACGCGUCGUUAACGAGCCCCUUCCAUCAACAGACUUCCUUUGGGCCCGGAGGCAAAACAUGUUUCAACAAAAGACACCAGAUACCUAUCCCGGUAAUUUGGUCGAGCCUGAUAUGGAGUCUUUGUGGAGACGGUGGAUUCAUAACGAAGAAAAAAGACGGUAUCUAGCCCAGGCUCUUUUGUCUUAUGGCUGCAGUUCUGACUUCCUAAUGUCCAGUGUGGCAGUUGGCUUGCGCAUCCACGACGCUGAGCUCGCUGAAUUAUUAAUGGUGGAACCUUACCUAAGAGGCACAUCAUCCCAACGCCCGAAAAUCGAGCAUGACAUUAUAUGGACAGCACCAACAGCCAAUGAUUGGACGUGUGCCAUCAAGGAACACGGUUAUUCCAAUUCACCUAAUUCGACAUACCAAGUUAGCUCCAUUGAUCAACGACCAAGGGAUAAUACUAGAAACAACCCAUCAAGACCCCCUCCUCCAUUUGCUAUAUACGCGUUGUUAGAAGAGAACAUUUCUCGUAUCAUGGAAAGUUCGGAUGUGCCCUCGCUUAAGGACAAUUCAGAGGAAUUUAUUCAGCCUCUAAUACAUAUUUAUAAUGAGCAGCUUUCAAAAAAGAUGGAUGGUGAUCCUUUCAGUCUUAAAGCUCUCUGGCAUUCCGUUUUCAUAUCACUAUAUUCAGAUAUGAACAUGUUGGAGUGUGCCGUGGGUCGCGAUGGGUUUGACGAAGCACAAGCUCAGAACAGGCAUGCUAUCUCCUGGGCUUCGUCCGCAGACGGUCAUCGAUGUGCGACUCAUGCUGCACUGAUAUUGCGCCAUCUGCAGCGUAUACCUGUUGGAGAAGAACCUGCUAUCCAUGUUCCUCGCUUGCUUUACCGAGUAUCAAUAGUCUGGUAUGCUUAUACACGUUUCGGUCGAGACGAUUCGAGGUCAUUAAGCCCUGUUGAACUUGACUUUAUCGAACUAAACAAAAUCGGGAUCGAUGGUCAGAGGACGUUAUUUGCUGCCAAUGGCUUUAAAAAGGCUCGCCCGACAACCUCAGAAUCCAGUACACUGUUCCAGGCAAUUGACCUCCUAGAAAGACUAGGCCACUGGGGGAUCAGCCAGAAAAUAGCAUCAAUGAUCUCCAUAUUAGUUCAUGGAAAGCAGAACAAUGAAUGA